AAUCCCGCUUCAGUCAAUCAGCCAGCGAACGAUGCGAUUCCUAUCAGCAGUUGCCCUACUGGGGCUGACGAUCGUCAGCGUCGUUGCCUGCGUCUCCGGCGAGGGAACGAUUACACGUCUGGAAGAUAUCAACUGGGCUGAGGUGCGUCCGGUACAGGAAAGUCCCUUGUUCAAGGCUAAGCGAGCAGCCAGCUUCGUCGAACGGUAUUUGGAACGGGCGGCCCCUGCUCCGGAGCGCACUGGUCGCAUCAACAACGGUGUCGUCGUCGGUCCGACCGACGUGCCGUACAUUGUCGGUGUGCUGGUGUCGGUCGAGCAGGGCACGUACUUCUGCGGAGGUGUGCUGGUGUCCCGCACGCACGUCCUCACCUCGGCGACGUGUGUCGAAGGCCAGACGUCCAUUACGGUGCUGCUGGGUGCGAGUGAUAUUACGCGCGCGCAGGACUUUGUCGUCGUGAGCCAUGUGCGAGUGCAUCCGGACUUCAGUUCCUUCUUCCAGGCGAACGAUCUCGCCAUUCUGACCCUUUCCCGCAUGCCACGGUUUAACGAUCAAAUUCAACUGGCACGUCUUCCCCGCCGGUCACAGGUGGGUGAAUCGUUCACGAACGCUUGGACCACCAUCAGUGGCUGGGGUGAGACGGCUUCCAACACUGGCGAGGCACUACCAAUGCAGCAGCUUCGUUCGGUGCGCUCGCAGGUGAUCUCCAACUUUAGCUGCACGAUCAGCUUCCCAUUAUAUCUGAGAUCUUCCAAUGUUUGCACCUCAUCGGAUGGUGGAGCGCCCUGUGUGGGUGAUGAAGGUGGUCCAGUAACAAUCGUGGAGGAGGAUGGACAGUCGACCGUAAUCGCCAUUCAUUCGUACACGUACUCGCGGGGAUGCACACGCAGCUGGCCGGCGGUUCAUACGCGCGUCACCGACUAUCUCAACUGGAUUGAGAUCUACACUGGAGCGAGCAUUCGAGCUACAGACAGGAUGGUAAAGUAUUGUGCACUGGUGCUGCUCGCAACUAGCAGCCUGCUGCUGGUGGCGACUUCGAGUCGCGAGAUCCGCUCGGCGCAGGACGUCGACUGGAGCCAGGUGAGUCGGUUUUACGACCCCAAGGCGGACGCGGUGCCCGAUCGUCGCAUCAACAAUGGCCAGAUCGCUAGUCCGACCGAUGCUCCGUGGGCAGUUGGGCUGCUCGUGUCGCUUGCAUCCGGUACGAGCUUCUGCGGUGGUGCGCUGAUUUCGCCGACCCACGUCCUAACGGCUGCUUCCUGCGUGAACGGUCAGAGCUCGAUUACGGCGAUGCUGGGUGCGAGCACGAUUGCGACGACGUCCGAUUUUGUUCCGGUGGCGCACGUACGCGUACAUCCGGAUUACAGCUCGUUCCUGGAGCGAGAUGACAUCGCGAUCCUGACCCUGUCGCGUCAGCCCCGCUGGAAUGAUCAAAUCCAAAUCAUCAACCUGCCACGCCGCAUGUACAUUGGCCACUCAUUCAACAACUACGUCACGACGAUCUCGGGCUGGGGUGAAACCGGCACCAACACGGGCGAACCGCUGCCGAUGCCGAACCUGCGCUUCAUCCGCAGCCCCGUCAUCACGAACCUGAGCUGCGAGCUGUCCUUCCUGCUGACCAACAUCCGCAGCACGCACAUCUGCACCGCGACCGAUGGUGGGGCACCGUGCGUUGGUGACCAGGGCGCACCGGUUACCGUCACCGAGAACGGGGAAACCUUCCUGAUCGGCAUCCACGUGUUUACGGCUUCGCGCUGCGAGCGGGGCCGUCCUGCCGUCCACGUACGGCUGACCGAGUACAUGAACUGGCUUGAGCUGAACACCGACGCGCUGAUCCGACCAAUACGCGUUGCUCUGUUGCUAAUGCGCGCUUUAGUUCGAGGGAAGACGUCGACGACCACAUCACCCAGACGAGACACCAUGGAGCUAUCAUCGGUAGUUCGUACCAUUUUGGUAGGUUUGUGUGUGAUUGCAGUGGUUGCUGGCAGUCCGGUGCCGGAUGGGCCAGAUCGGCGCAUCAACAACGGGAUAGAGGCAGGCCCUACCGAUGUACCGUGGGCGGCCGGUGUGCUCGUGACGUUUCCCUCCAAUACGUACUUCUGCGGUGGGACCCUGAUCUCGCAGCGCCACAUACUUACCUCGGCCAACUGUGUCAAUGGCUACCGCACCAUCACGGUAAUGCUUGGUGCACACGAUAUGACCGCGGUGCAGGAAUUUAUCACCGUCGCCUCCGUACUGGUGCACCCGGACUUUAGCUCGUUCUUCUUCUCGAACGAUCUGGCCAUUCUGACGCUGUCCCGUCCGGCGCCGCUGAGUGACCGGAUACGCGUUGUGCAACUGCCUAGCCGUCUGUACAUUGGCCAUUCGUUUAAUAACUACGAAACGACGAUAGCCGGCUGGGGCCAAACCGGUCAAAGCACGGGCGAGGUGGUCCCGGUUCGACGUCUGCUGUACUUCCGUGCGCGCGUCAUCACCAACACUAGCUGUCUGGUUAGCUUCCCGUUGUAUCUGAGCUCGCGCAAUGUGUGCACCUCGACCGAGAAUGGUGCAGCUUGCGUGGGGGAUGAGGGUGGUCCAGUGACGGUAACGGAAAAUGGACAAACGAUACUGAUCGCGGUCCAUUCGUAUGGCUUUUCGAUGGGCUGCGAACGCAGCUGGCCGUCGGUCCAUACGCGCGUCACCGAGUACCUCACGUGGAUUGAGAACAACUCGGACGCUGUGGUGAUGUGAAUAAAGAACAUAAAUAAAACGUGAGAGUAGGCCGAUACACCACAUAACGUAGAA